CCGGGGGGCCGGGCCCAGCCCGCCGCGUUACACAACCGGCCGCCGCGACAGGCGAGUUUCACAAGUCCCGCCGCGGCCGCCCCGCAGCCCGCGCCCACCCUGCGCACACCCCCGCGCCGCGCACCGCCCGCACUGCCCCCGCCCUGCCCGCGCCCAUGCCAUGUCACCGCCGGGCUGCGGGACCCCGCGGCCAGCGGUAACCCCUGUCGCCGAGGGGGCACCGCGCCGGGGCUGGGCAUGGCACUGAGAGCGGCUCCGGGACGCGCAUCCUCCUAGACGGAUUAAUUUUUCUCCGUCUCUAUUUACAUGGUGAUAAGAAGUGCUAAUCCCACUCUGUCAGUCUGGACUGAUGAAUCUGAGGAAUAGAACAGAGCCCUGUGUUGUGUAAACGAACUGAUGGAUGAAGAUGAGAAGGACAGGGCAAAGAGGGCAUCACGCAACAAAUCUGAAAAGAAGAGGAGAGACCAGUUCAAUGUCCUCAUUAAAGAGCUUUGCACGAUGCUGCAGGGCCAUGGCCACCCUCUCAAGAUGGACAAGUCCACAAUACUGCAGAGGACCAUCGACUUCCUACAGAAACAGAAAGAAAUCACAGCACAGACAGAAGCCUGUGAGAUUAGACAAGACUGGAAGCCUUCAUUUCUUAGCAACGAGGAGUUCACCCAGUUGAUGUUAGAGGCACUAGAUGGCUUUCUCAUUGCUCUUACCACUGAUGGGAUUAUUAUUUAUGUAUCUGAUAGUGUUUCGUCUCUGCUCGGACACUUACCGUCAGAUUUGGUGGACCAAAAUAUAUUAAACUUUCUGCCUGAACGGGAACAGAGCGAAGUGUACAAGCUCCUUUCUCCACAUGUGCUCAUGACAGAUCCUGUUGCAGCUGAUUUUCUAAAUGCAGAAAAACAAAUAGAGUUUUGCUGCCAUUUAGCAAGAGGCAGUUUAGAUCCAAAUGAACCCCUGAUGUAUGAAUAUGUGAAAUUUGUAGUGGAUUUUAAAUAUUUUACUCAUGUGCCUACACCCUCCUGUAAUGGCUUUGAGUCAGCUAUUGCACGAGCUUUCAGGUCAGCCACGGAGGAGCAGAUUUGCCUCGUAGCGACUGUUCGUCUUGUCACACCGCAGUUCUUAAAGGAGCUCUGCAACGUUGAAGAGCCAUGUGAAGAAUUCACGUCGAGGCAUAGUUUAGAAUGGAAGUUUUUAUUCUUGGACCACAGGGCUCCACCUAUUAUAGGAUACUUACCCUUUGAGGUUCUGGGAACGUCAGGGUAUGAUUACUACCACGCAGAUGACCUGGAGCUUCUUGCUAGGUGCCAUGAACACUUGAUGCAGUUUGGAAAAGGAAAGUCCUGUUACUAUCGAUUCCUGACCAAAGGCCAGCAGUGGAUAUGGCUGCAGACACACUACUACAUCACCUACCACCAGUGGAAUUCCAAGCCCGAGUUCAUCGUUUGCACUCACCUGGUAGUUAGUUAUGCAGAAGUUCGGGCUGAGAGAAGGCGAGAUCUUGGCCUCGAAGAGUCAUCAAUUGAACUGGCAUCCUCUUCUGUAAAGAGCCACAGCAGCUACCUGGACGUGGGGCAGUGCGGCAGCAGCCAGGACGCCAGCCGGGAGGGAGUGUCACUGUCAUCCCACAGCUCCCGGCGCUCCUCGCACACCGCCCUCUCCGACUCCACGUCCACGUCAUCCAUGCGGCGCACGGACACCAGCACUCCCACCCGGCCGUCAGUGCCCGGGGGUCAGGCAGAGAAGGCAGCCCUGCGGCUGGCAUCAGUCGGAAGCACUCAGGCCAUAGCCACUCCUCAAGCCCCUGGUGAACACCUCCCUCAGCACCCUGUGGCUCAGCUGGCAGUCCCCUCCCAGCACCCUGUGAUGCCCGUGUACCACUUCCCAACCCAGCUGGGGAUGAUGCAUCAGCUGAAAGAGCAGCUGGAGGAGAGGACUCGCAUACUACAAGCUGACAUCAAGACUCAGCAAGAAGAACUCCACGUCAUCAAGGAGCAGCUCCAGUUAGUGCAGGACUCCAACCUGCAGAUGCUGAUGCAGCAGCCAAUCCCUGUCGUCUUUAACAAUGUGCAGCACCCAAGCCCCAGGAGGCCACCGCCCCAGGGGACGCCCAGGCAGAGCACAGCCAAGAAGUCACAACAGCCAGGCCUCGUGGGGACAAAGCACUACUGCAGCACCCACCUGCCAUCACCGCGCCAGUUCCUCAGGGACCCCCACAGCACGGCCACCCAGGUACAGCAGCAGCAGCAGCACCUAAUGAGAGGAAGCCAAGGCCAGCAAACGUGUCUGCCAGGGCAGGCAAGCAUUUCAGUGCCCCUCUACAACAACCCCAUGGUGUUCUCACAAACACACCCCAUUGCAGUGGCUGCACAGAUGCCGCCUGACAGCAGCGAGAGGCAACCACAGUCUGAGUACAGCCAGGACAGGACCCUCAGGAUGCUGUUGGAUCAAUCCAUCCAAGCCAUGAUGCCUGCAGCCAACACCAGUGGCCAGGCUGUGCAGAGCAGUGCCAGCAGGCAGCAAGGAAAAUUCGUUGCGGAGCAGCAGACCCUGCCUCCCCCAGUACAGGUACAGCCAGUCACCUGUAGCACCAGCCGACCUCCAGCCCCAUCGCCCAUUUUCUCCCCAUCUCUGAUGAUCCCACACACCAGCUUCACAUCCCACCAGGCCAACACACCGCUUCAUCUGCACCAGUGGCCACAGCAGCAGGUUCCGCAGCACCGUCUCUACCUUCAGAUGCAAGGUCCUGAGCUGGUGCCUGGGGGUCCAACGCAGCGCAUCUUCCAGCCACCCCACGCUCCACAGCAGAACCCCCUGAGCUACUUCCUCCACCCACAGCAGCAGAGCCACCACACGCAGGGCCAGCCCUGCAACCUGCCUGACCUGCCUGAGAUGCAGCUGCCCUGAAUGUUGGCUCUGAGAGGCAGGGACCACGUGGCUGCAGCCGCUCAGCACCCCGGGUGCACACAGGGGAGAGCGCGGUGCCGUCAGAGCACGGGACGGGUGAGGUCGGGCUCCGUGGGAAGGUGGUGGCUGGAGGAACAGUCCCCAAUGGGGAUGGAUGGCUCCAGGAGCACCCCAUCUGUUGGGAUUUCCAUGCAGCCAGUCCGUGAUGCUGCUCUGGCAGCUGUUUGUGCCCUGGCCCAGCACCACAGUGCAACUGGAGGCAGUGGCUUUCUGGCUGCAGGGAGGUCAGUUAUCAGGUCGCCAUGAAGCUUGGUUUGCAAUGGAAAAGACCCUUUUCCAUUCAGGACUUCAGUGCUGAAAGUCACUGUGAAUUUAAGCCCAGCAUUUGAAGCACAUAGACAGACUGUACCGGUCCACAGGACGCUGUUGGAUUACCAUGUACAUAACUCGUUUUGCUGUAGUAGGUGGAUUGUGGAUUUUUUGUCCCCUUUUUUCUAUACCUCAGUCCCACAGUUUUUUGUUUUCCAGGAGAUUGGAUAAUGCUGCUAAUUUACAUAACACCACUUUUGCCUGAAUUUCUUACUGUUGUUAUACCAGCUCACAUCGCAGCUAGUACAAUAUUUGUCAUGUUUUAUUUUUGGUUAACAAGUGCAUAGAAAUUUAUAGGGUUUUUACUCCCUGUAGCCGAAUAUUUUUCAGGUUACAGACAAAGAAUCCUUACUCCUUCUUUUUCUGGUUUUUUUUGUUUCAUUUAGAGUGACGUAGUUGUGUGUGUUUCUAUACAUAAAAACAAACAAACAUGCAUAGACUGGCAUAUGACAGCAAACUUUCUGGUUUUGCUAGGUCAUGUUUCAAUUUGGCACACCCAAAAUGUAUGAUCAGGACACAAGCGAUGUUACAAGCCCGUGGGGUCAGCAAUAAAUUGUAUUUUUGUAAAUUGUCACUUUUUAACUAUAAGUUUAUAUUUAUGAAUUGAAAAACAAGUUUAUUCCUCAGUGGGUGUAUAGUUAAGUGUCCCUACUGUUUGUGUCUUUCCAAAGGAAAAAUGAAAAUGUACAUUUUUGAGGCGUUAGUAGCUGAGUACUACCUAUGGGCGCUGGUAGAGGCCAAAGGCAGGAGAUGGGUUUGGCCAUUACUUUGCAAAAUAAUGAUUAGUUAGGACCAGGUCCAUCUAGCAGUAAAGGUCCACCUGAUAGUCAGAGCAAAGUUUAGGGAGGGGUUAGUUUGUAAUGUCAAAAUCAAGCAAACCGUGCUUUUUUUUUUUUUUUUUGCCUUUUUUUUGGCAUUUGUUUCCUUUUUUAUCUUGUGCAAGCUGCUUGCUUGGCUCUUUGUAGCACUGCAGCAGGUGGAUACUGUGUUACUGGUGUUACUGGUGGAGCAGCCUUUGGCACAAGCAGCCCUGUGUUUCAAGGGGAAAGUGGGAACGUGUCAAAGCAGUAGCUACAGCUAAUGGUACCUUGAGCUCUCCAAUGCCAUAAGCACAGAUCUGUCUAUAGCUCUAUCUAUAAAUCUGUAGCUGUAUCUGUAUAUCUCUAGCUGGCUCACUUGCUCCCAGCGUUUUCUGUGCUGCAGCACUGGGAGGAUUUCGUUAACUUUGGGCCCAGGCUGAGCUUGGGGGGCAGAACAGGAUUGUUUCAGCCUGGGUGAACAAGGCUAUGGCAGCCAGAGUCUACUGGAGAACUCAGGAGUGAAACAGAAGUGUGACAGCUCUGCCUCAGACAGGAUUUUGUCUGCAGCCUCCCUGCUGCCUGGUGGGGUGCAGCAGGGCUCCCCCAGCCUCUGUACACCAGAGGCUGUUCCCCAGCAAUUUUUCUUGGGAAGGGAAUGUGUUUUUUCUGUGCCACAUUGCCUGGGGUGAUGAUGGUGGGAGGACAGGCUGCUGGAGCAGGGGCCAGCCAGGAGCUUUCAGGGGGCAGGUGCAAGGCACUAACCAGGGUUGUGCCUUGUCAGCUCAGUCCCUGGCUGGGCCCCUGCCCAGCCAGAACAUGCAGCCCUGGACACUGGGCAGCAGAGCAGCUGCUCUCAGACACAGCCUGAACCAGCCCCCUCAUUUCAAACCACAACAAGAAAUUCUGGCUAUAGCAGAGCUACAGGCCAGAGCCACGGCACUGCUGGUAAUGGGAUGUGGAGCACCUGCCUUUGCAGAGCAACCUGGAGCUGAAAUAAUGACACGUCACCCCUUGGCUCUUAGAGCCCAAGCCCUGGAGAGAGCGUGGGGGAUUUCCUGCCCCGGCAUUUGUACUGCAACAAGGGCCAGCACAGAACCCUUGGGGUAGAUAACUUUUUUUUUUUUUCAAAGCACUAUGACUUUUAGGGUCUCCCUCUCCCCAAGACAGUGGGAUUGCUCAUGAGGCUGUGGGAGUUGUUUGGGGGUUUUUCCCACCAUAGCCUUGGAACAUAAUGUCAGAGGGGAGGCAAACAUACAUUUGUGUUAGGGGUCCACCACUGUACAGUUUGUGACUCAGGGUGGCUGGCAGGAGGGAAAGGUUGAGCAUCUUCCUGACUUGCCCAUUAAACCUGCAUCAUCCCAGUCCACCACCAUGGCUGGUGUGCAGUGUCCCAUCACUACACAAGAGCCCACCUAUGGCAGGUGCCAAUCAAGUGUAUCUCAGAGGUGGUGGUGGCUGGGGUCAAGGGCUUGGGGAGUGUAUUUUUUUAACAAUGCUUGGUAGGGAGGCAGCUGAGGCAGAGCAGUUUUCCAGCACUGCUGUGUCUUCGACAGCGAGUGAAAGAAGAGGGUUGGGAAGGGGUUUGGGGGAGGUGGGGGUGGUGGGUGUGCCGGAUGGGGCCAUGCCAUGGGCACAGCCCUUCUGAUGGCAGGGAGAGCUGGGGGGGCACUGUGUCCCUGCUUGCAGCCUCUCAGCGAGGAGCAGAGGAGCUUUGUGAGGAUGUUUACAUGUUAGAUCAGCCUUGCUGAAACAAGAGACCUAAAAACGCACUUUAUCAUGUGCCCCCCCCCUUUUUCCCAGUGCCCACCCCAGCCACUGGCCUCGCUGCUGGUGGGCAGGGGGGCUGCACAGUCCCAGGCACUGCCUCACAGGUAGGGCCUUGUUUUCCAGACAUGCUCCAAAGGACAAAAUCCCACCAUCCCUUUCUGGGGCUUGUUCAGUCCCUGCUCAGUCUGCCUCCAGCUGAGGGAGGGAAGGCUGAGUCAGGGCCAUGGGGUUUUUGCCUUAUAUUGUCACUCACUCUCAAAAAAUAUAUGGAUAAAUAAAUCUCUUUAUUCAGGUUGAUUUGUAUUUGUUUACCUCGGUAUUAGCUAUGACCUGUGUUUUUAGGACUCAUUUGGAAUUGAGGGUUGCUGGUGGGUUUGGUUCACACACUCCCAGCUGCAACGAGAAAGCACAAGUGUGACUUGUUGGUGACAAGCAGAGGGCAGGAAAGUGACGGCACCUGCAGUGGGGUCGGGCUCCAGUGUCGGUGUCAACCUAUCAGUCAUUAAUCUUCUGAGGUUUUCUAGUACACAAGUACCUAUAUACUAUAUCUCUCUAUAUAUAGAUAUAUGUAUUUUUAAUAUGCAUAUAUAUGUAUGCACACGUAUAUCUAUAUAUAAAUAUAUAUGGGCCACACAAUUCCAGACCUCUGAAAACACAGGCAGCUUUAAUUAAUAAAGUCUUGCACUUUUAGCGUAUUUGUACAUAUAAGCUAAAGCCUGGUGGGUAUAAUCAGGCUGGUUUGACAAACACAAUGAGAAGUUACUGUACAUAUUGUAUAUAUUCCAUGCAAAAAAAAACAAACAAAAAAAAGAAAAUAAGAAAAAGUCUAGAAUUGAGUAUAAAUCUUGGUUUAUUUUAUAUGAUGUUGAAUAUAAAUAAAUUUAUAAAUGUUACUAUUCUUAAAAGUAUUUUGUAAUGGGAAAAAGAAAGUGUCUUAUGAAGAUGAACAGUAAAGAUUUUAUUCUUGUUUUGAAUCUAUGUCCCUGCACAGCUCCAUUGAAUGGGAGCCUGUGCAUUUUGACAAGCUUUAAACAGAUUGUACAUAGUAUUUAAAAAAAAAAAAGAUAAGAAGAAAUAAAAUAAUACUUGUAAGGCC